CUGGAGUUCCCGGGCUUUCCACGCUGAAUUUGCCCAUGGCUUUCCUGAUGAAGAAGAAGAAAUUCAAAUUUCAGACCAGUUUUACUCUGGAAGAGCUGACUGCUGUCCCCUUCGUCAAUGGGGUUCUGUUCUGUAAGAUCAGGCUGCUGGAUGGAGGAGACUUCGCGAGCUUGUCUACCAGAGAAGAAGUGCAGGAAAACUGUGUCCGCUGGAAAAAGAAAUUCACCUUCGUGUGCAAAAUGAGUGCCAACCCCGCCACGGGGCUCCUGGACCCCUGCAUCUGCCGCGUAUCUGUGCGCAAGGAGCUGAAGGGCGGAAAAACCUACUCCAAGCUGGGCUUCGCUGACCUAAAUCUGGCAGAAUUUGCGGGCUCUGGAUCCACUGUCCGUUGCUGCUUGCUGGAAGGAUACGACACCAAGAACACGCGGCAGGACAACUCCAUCCUAAAGGUCACCAUCGGGAUGUCCUUGCUCUCGGGGGACCCCUGCUUCAAAACGCCGCCUUCCACAGCAAAAUCCAUCACCAUCCCGGGGCAGGACUCCACCCUGCAGCUCACCUGCAAGGGCGAGGGAACCACAAGCAGCACCAGCACUUCAGCCCCAAUUGGCUCUCUGCGCCAGAGCAAGCCGCGAGCGACCAUCCUCAGCUCGGCAGGUGUCCCAGAAGAACCCGACCAGAAUCUGUCCAGCCCCGAGGAAGUCUUCCACUCGGGGCACUCGCGGAACUCCAGCUACGCCAGCCAGCAGUCCAAGAUCUCUGGUUACAGCACGGAGCACUCCCGUUCCUCCAGCAUGUCGGACCUGACCCACCGCCGCAAUACCUCCACCAGCAGCAGCGCGUCCGGAGGGCUCAGCAUGACGGUGGAGUGCCCCGAGGGAGAGCGCGACCACAAGCUAGAGAAGCCUCCCCGGCCCCCCAGACCAGCUCUUCUGCUGGACAGACCCUCUCGGAGGAAAAAGGAUUCGGUGGAGAGUCAUCCAACCCGAGUGGAUGACACGAGGAUCGAUGCGGACGAUAUAGUGGAGAAGAUAAUGCAGAGUCAGGACUUCACAGAUGUCAGCAAUACUGAAGAUAGCAACCUGAGGUUGUUUGUGAGCAGAGACGGAACGACGACACUGAGCGGUAUUCAGCUGGGAAACAGGGUCUCAUCUGGAGUUUACGAGCCAGUGGUGAUUGAAACCCACUAAAUGUGAAGAACAGGGUAGAGCUGCUGGAAACAGGCCCCCUACCCGGUCCGCUGCCACAUGGAUGCCAACCUUUACCUCUCUUCAUGCAGCAUUCCAGAAGGGAUUUUCUCCACGCCCCUCCCCGUACGUUUGCACUGCAGAACCACUCCGAGACCACUCCAGACCGUGCACUUUCCCUGUCGGCAGUACCCUCCUCGCUUCCCAGUUCUUCCAGUGCCUGCCCUCCCCUGUUCCCGAGCAGACACCAGGUGUCUGUUGGACGUAUCCUUAGUCCUAGAGGACGUUGUUCUUCUGCACCCCUCGUUCCACCCAUCCAUUCGCAACAGGGGGCGUCUCAGCUUUUGUCUCCCCAAAACGUUGGGUUAUACCACUGUGAACUCUUCAAACCACUGGGGGAGGGGGAAACCAUUGCAACCAAACCAAGAGCUGCUUGUUGGUGACACGGUGGAAGGGCCGCUUGCAGGGUGCUUCGUGCAUCGGCUCCGCACGGGAGCGUCACCUUCCAAGGCAACAGUUUUACUGACCGAGGGGUGCUGUGGUGUGCACUUCACCUGGCUGCCCUCACAUCCCCAGACAGCUUCUCAUAGGAAAUAUCUCCCGAAAGUGCAUUUCAGAAAAUUACUGCGGUCCAGAUGGGAGCUGAUUAAAUGGUUAAAUGCUUGUUAUACCACUAACUGCAUCGUGCCCUUCCACUGCUGGGCAUGGAAGGGCAGUGCUCACCUAUUAGCAUUACCAGGAGCACUUUACAGGUUCCAGAUUUUACCUGGAGGAGGCUUAGACUGGCUUUUCCAGGGUUGUGAUCCACAUUUGCUGGACUGAUUCAGCAAAUAGUUACUGUUGGAGCUUGGAAUUCAAAGCCUCUUUUUUUUUUUUUUGUUUUGGCUCGGGAAGGGAGCUGCCCUUCUUGGACUGUGAAAAGAUUCUCGUUAUCUGACGGCCUCCCCGGGCCGUGCAGUUACCCGCAGUGGUCUCUCUGGUGGUGGUGGUAACAAUUGCCUCUCUGGGCCUGGGCCAGUAUGGGAGCUGGUGUUGGGUGGCCUCUCUUGACCUGUCAGCAGGGAUCUGCGCCUGAGCUGGUUCCUUUAGGGGCUGGGGAGCAGUAGGGCAAGGUGAAGCCCCCGUCUGUGCCCUCAGAGGUAGGACGGAUGUUUCCUGCCACGUUAGCCACAGCAGCCGGUCCUACCUGCUCCGUGGUGAGCCAGCUCUGACAAGGCUUCAAACUCUUUUUCUGCUUGCUCCUUCAAUUGUUCCUCUUUGGGAUUUCUCUGCAGUUGCCUGACACUCGAGCUGCCUCCUUGGCAGAGACGGCAGGCCCUUCCAGCUCCCCCUGACAGAUCCUCCGGGCAGCUGCGUUGCAGACGGGGCUCUCUGCAGACUCAGCCCUUCCUGUACAGAGACUCUUGGCCUGUAAGCUAUUUCUGUGUAGUGCCCUUCCCUCUUUUUGCCGGUGUACUGUAGUAGCACUCAGCAGCCAUGCACUUUGAGCAAGGGCGCGCUCCUGGCCCUGCUGGGAGCGUGCCCUCCUCUGACACACGGUGUGCGUGCACACACACGGGCACACACCUGCCCCGCUCAGCAAGGAAAGACUUGUGACUGAUCACCUUGUUGUUCAAACUUAGCUAUUGUAAAGCCUUCUUAAAAAGAAAAAGAAAAAAAAAAAGGAUUAAUAGUGGUCUCUGCGGCCAGAAUGCAUGCGGAUGAGCUACUGGAAAAGGGAAUUUGGCAGAACGAGAGAUGAGGAAUGAAAGGGCCUUGAUUUUAAUUUUUCUUGUUUUUUUUUUUUUUGCCCUGCUAACUAAGGAUGGCUGCAUGGGGAGGGUGUUAGGCAGUGUGGCAAAGCUAUACAGCUGCUUGCUCUGUUUUGAUGGUUCCUGUCCUCAAGUCAAGAGGUUUCUUUCUGUGUUUGGACAGACCGCACUAGGACAGGGAUCUUUCUCACCCCUUUUGCUACAAAGGGAGUUAAAAUUUGGGUUACGGUUCAAAGGGUUACAGACACCACUUUGGUUUGGUUUAUUGUAGGGAAAAGGUAUUGAUCUUUUGAGUCUGUCUGAAACAAAAGCUCUUUCAUGCUUUUGGUGUUUUCAACUGUGAUCUCUCCUCCGCUCAGUCUGGGGAGGUUUGGCACUCGCUCGCAGGCUGGGGAGCUUCCUGCUCUGGGUGAGAGGUGCCCUGUGCCGGGGGUGCUCGCAGGACAGGGAGAGCUGCUGCUUGCUUUUUUUCACUCCCUGGGGUGCUGCCAGAAAGCCCGGCCUGGUCUGACCUUCUGUUCAGGUCAGUGCGAGGGCAGAAGCGCACCAGACAGCACCGGGUGUCCUUGCUGUGCCCUCGGGUGGCUGUAGCAGGGGCUGGGGGUCAGGCUGCUCCCCGGCACAGCACCUGCUGGAAAUGGGGUCCAGUGUUGCAACCAGGACUUGAAAGGGGCAGAAAUAAGCUAGGAAAGAGGCCAACCCAGCUCAGUUCUGCUGCUUUGCUUCUAUUCCCAUGAAAAACAAUGGUGGUUGCCGUCAGAGCAACUGGGAGCCAAGGGCUUUCUCCUGGGCUCCAGUUGGCACGAGUCUGUCGCUCCGAGGUGCUGGCAGCCAGGCGUUGUGAAUCUCCUCUUCCAGCAAAGCAAGGGCAGCAGCAGCUGAGCUUUCCAGCGAGCUGCUCUCACCUCCCCAGCCUGGCAGAGCUGUAACCUGCUCCGUCGCGUCGCUGUGGCCAUCUCUGGCUUCUCUUCCAGCUGCUCGGCACAUCACUGCUCGGGUUCUUGGUAACGGUGUCUCGUUGGGUGUCUGUCUCUUGUCUCUGCAUCAGUAUCGACUCCACAGAUCCCGGUCAUUUUAUUUUCUAGCUCUCCCACCCCUCAUUUUCAGUAAGAAGGCAGCCCUAGUCGUUCAGCCUAGUGCGGCACAGCCAGGGCUGGAGGGCCCUGUGGAGGGAGGGAGGCAGGAGCAGCCUGCUUCUAGCCCUAGACCUCGAUUUGAGUUCCCUGUUGGCAUCGCUGCCGUCUGUUCCCUGGUGGGCUUUGAACAUUGAAGAAGUGAAUCAGUUUCCAGACCCAAACCGCUGGCUAGUUUCUUUGUUUUUUUGUCUUGAAGUUUAUUGAUUUUUUUUUUUUUUUUUAUAAACCCAGCAGGCUGGUGUUUGUUUUUCUCUUUUUUUUUUUUUGACUGCGUUAUUGUUUCAUUGAUAUUUUAUUCCUGGGGGGGCUGAGGGGGGACGACUUUCUUCCCUACAUUGUUCCCUUUCUCAGGGGGAUUCAGAGGUGACUGAAGCGAGUAAAAGGACCUUAUUGGCAAGCCCCUGCAUCCCCUGGCUCUCGGGUGCUGGUGAGCAGGGCUGCGCACGCCCGGCUGGCCCUGGAGAGCAGAGCUGGCUCUCUGCUCCCUGCUCAGGGCCAGGCAAAAGCUGUGGGCCCUGCUCUCAGUCUCCGGACCCCUGCUUGGUGGAAGCCCGUUGCAAAAGGCAUGGGAAAUUUCAAUGUAAUUUUUUUUACUAACUUUUUUUUUUAAAAAAAAAACGGUAUAAGUGGAGUGAAUGCCCGGGAUGGUAGGCUUAGUUGUGACUUGCUGAAGGAGGUGGGUUUCAAUCGGAAAUCGUGGUGGAAAAAGGGGGGAGAAGGAUGUUGCCCCUCUGUCCCUAUUUUUUUGGUAUGGUUGGCACUUUAAAUGGGGGGCUUUGUGCUGUCCUCACCCUCGGCGUGAUGGGCAGUGGGUGGUGAUCUCUUCCCCCCCCCGUAUUGCCAAAUCCCUUUGCCCCCUGCAGAAAGCUAAGCCCUUUUGAGUGUUUGCUUCAGGUUUUUAGAGGGUUCUGAACUGGGCCGAGACCCGAAGAAACGUCUUUCAUUCGAAUCUUAAUAGGAGGGGGGUGACUUUUUUUUUUAAUUUAUUUUGUCGUUGCUGUUGUUUUUUUUCUUUUUAAACUGGUGGCUGUGCAGCUGGACUCUGCACGCGCUGUUGUGAACCUCUGGGAAAACCUCACUCCAGGUACGCUAGAGCACCUAGGUGAAAUGCCCCUCCUGGAGAGGGGCCCCGUCCUGUCCCCCCCCCCUCGCUGCCUUACCUGGGGGCUGCCGAGCCCCCCUCUGCCCCCCUGCCCUGCCCUGACCCCCCCAGCCUAGGCUCUAGCUGAACGAAUUGACGCUCUGGUGACUUAGCCCUGUGGACAAGGCAAGUCCCCAGGGGCGAGUUGCUGCAGACACUGCCUGGUAGCACGUGUUUGCGCUGAAAAGCCACUUCCUCGCUUGGGGGGGCUCCCAAAUGAGCUCCCCCCCUUCCCUCUCGAGCGCCGCGUCGUCCAUCAGCCCACCCGCGCCGUCCCGACCCCAUCCGUGGCUGUCCGGGAGGGAGGGAGCUGGAAACCUGGGAAAAAAGAGAAAGGAAUUGGGGUGAAGCUUGGAGCUAGAGGUGUGGCUGAGCCUCCGAACUGGCCUCGACUGUAAGGAAUAAUGGGAGAGCCCGUAUUUUUGUGGGGGGAGGGAGGGGAAGGGGAGAUUAUGUUUUAUUUUCGUGAAAGCCAAUUGAGCUCGGUGAUCUUCGGAUGAGGCGCGCACUUGAUUUAUAUCAGAUUCUAUAGAGAGAUCGCUGAUAUUUUUGGAAAGGGAAUGGGUCUAUGCAAACUUCCAAAAUUGCUUGAAAGAUAGUUUAACAUUUUUUUACUUUGAAAAUCUAAAGAUAAAUCUCUAACUUUUUUUCUUAAAGCAGAAGUGCGUUUAGAAAGAGAAGCUACUUCCACUGCUCUAUUUUGAUGAUGAUUCUUGGAAAGUUUGAGCUGGAGGGAAUGACUAUUUUUCACCAUUUUUAUCUCGCUCCUCUAGUUUUUUGUUUCUUUUUCUAACGGAAUGCUGUGCCGUCUUUGAUUCAACAGAUCGUGUUUGUAUUUUCUGUAUCUGGUUCCUAACGUAGAGAAAUAACAAAUAUAUGAGGAAAUCAAUAUAAUGUCAAAUGUUGUUAUGGUUUGGGGGAAAAAUAAAGGUUUUUGGUACUUCACAAUGA